CGAAGAUAAACAAAAAACGACUACGCGUUUUCCAUCAAUACUUGCAGCUACAGCUCCACCUCCACCUCUUUGAAGAAUGUCGUCUCGUGCCGAGAGCGCCGCGGGCAGCGGCAACGGGGACAUGAGCCCGACCACUGAACUGAUUUUGGAGGAGGAUGAGGCAAUGCUCUCGAGCAAAGAAACGACACUUCGCUGGUACAGCGAAGGCGACAAAUUGUGGGUGCGUAAGAAGAUCGAAGUGCAGCACAAAAAGACCGGCACGGGUAUGACGAUCCUGAAAAAUCCCGCGCCCUGGAGCAAGGAAAGCCGUUUGCUAGCGCCCGAAGAAAACAACGUCGACUGGGGGGAAUUGGACGAAAUACUCCCCGUGCACAAGUGGAUCAUCGAGUUUAUUCUCAAAGGAAGGGCGGAAGUGACGCAAAAUAUUACACUCGAAAGCGUGCGGAGAGACAUCGAGAACUCGCUGGAUCCCGAGGGCACGGCGCCACCGAAGAGAAAACUCAAGCGUUUGUCGAGAAUUGUGCACAAGGAGUGUCUAGAUAAGGAUAAAAGCGCUGUUAUGAAGAAGGGCGGCUUCCAGGAGGGGGAAGAGUACGGGCGGAAGGGUCGAGGUAGGGGAGACAAGAAACAAGUGGGGAAGUGGAACGAGUUUUUCAGCAUAAAUGCAGACGAGACAGGCUCGUCUUCCUCCUCUCUUACAAGGAAGACAAAUCGCGCACCGCAUGAUCAAGUUCCGCCAAUCACGAGUGCUUCGUCGUCUUCAUCAAUUUUGUCCUCACGACUCCCGACUACAGAACAACAAAGAGAUGAGCCAACAUCGGCUCCUUCCCAGGAGACUCUGCGGAAGGGUGAAGCUCCUUUGAUUGAACGGCUCAAAAAGGCUCAAAACGAACGGGACCGGACGCAAACGUACGGGGGGCACGCCAAAGCGAAAAGUGGUGAGAAGGUACUAGAGCUGGCGGACUUGCAGAAGUGGAAACCCAAGGAGCAAGACGGCGGUCGCUCCUACCCGAAGGAGCGCGAACAAGGUGUGAACACCUCGGCCGCCGCCGAUCUGCAAAUAUGGGAACAGUAUCUACAACACCUAAAAGAAGAACAGCUUUUAUGUGAGCAAGACGCUGCGGCUGCGGCGACGGCGUCGGCGACAGAGAGCGCAACACAUACUGCAAGAGCUAGAGCAGCCGCGUGCCGCAUUGAGGAAAUUAAGCCCCUCGUGGAGAAUCUAAGGAACCGCGGAGGAACGCACUUCGCCUUUGAGUACGAACAGAGCGCGAUCGAUGAGUUUUUGGCGGAGGAGCGGAGGAAAGAAAAAAAUAAGCCGGGGGCGUCUAGCUUUCUGAAAAAGGUGUGCAGUGUUGACGAGCGCGGGAAGGGGAACGUGUUGAUUGUGGACCACAUUACGUCGUGCAAGAAAGCCGAGUUAGUCAAUCUGGUCUUCAAGACGGAAAUCCAGGAGCACACGGACAAGUGGAGGCUGCUUGCGGAAGCGCUGAACCCCUCGCAGGAGAAGAACAAGAAGCGAGAGGAUGAUGCAACGGCGCUGCAUCUUGCCCUCACGGAGCGCGCACGGCAGGAAACGCAGCGGGAGAAGAAGAAGCUGGAGGAGGAAUUUUUCCGGGAAUGCCCCUGGUACGUCGUGCUCGAUGGCGGCAAGCCGGCACUAAAGGAUUGCGAUUUAUUUGAUUCCGAGAACGGGCAAGGCCACAUGGUCGCGGCCGAGGAGAUUGUACUGCAAGACCGACGGGUUGCGCUCACCAGCGAUUACAAAUUGGUGACACUGUCGCCGAAGCAGCUGCAGGGGAAACGGUUGCUGCUCGCGCUGUCAGCCUACCACGAGUUUGACCUUGGUUAUUUAGAGAAGAGGCUGAAUGACUUCGCGAAACCGGGCGACGUCUGCCUGCCCUAUGAGACCUGUGACUGCGCCACUCUGACCGGAAUCUACGACCAGCUGACCCGCUUCGGAGCCGCGACGCCAGACUCUUCCGAGUUGGUUAACAAAGCGAACGCGCACCACCUCAACUUGGGCACGCACAAAGUCAUGCUACGUUGGACCUGGUUUUCGCACUUGUUUGGCUCAAGCAAUUUGAACUGCCGCAGCUUGGCGGAUUAUAUCUACGUGUCGUUUAAUAAGUUCAGCUGUCUCUGGACUGCCAUGAAGACCACCUACGACCUGCUCCGCAUUGGUUUGCCCAUCCGCGAGACGAUGCGCGCGGACGGCGCAUUUCGGUUCUACUUUGACUUCGUCAUCAAUUACAAGCACAGCGACCCGAGCCUCUUUCUCACCGAAGAGGAGCUGUUAGAGCCAAACUGCCCUCUGAUCAUCGCAAUGCAGCACGCUGUCCACGCACUAUAUCCCACUCAGGGGGCCUACCCGUGUGUCGUCUGGCGCGGCUCCGGGUUCGAUCGCUACCAGGACAUGCAGUGCACUCUCCGGCUGCGGUUCGUCUUCCCCGAAGUGGUGUGCGAGUACCGCAGCGCGCUCCAAGUCCGCAACUACAUCGCGAACUACCUCGACAAUCGGUGUCGGCGGGAGCAAAACGCGCUGGAUGAGGCCACGGCGAAAGGAAGCGCGCCCCUGCGGAAUGUCCCGACGCCAACUUGUGACUUUUUGAAGAAGCUGAAAGACAAAAGCUCCAAGGGCAGUGUGAACGACAAGAAAAGCCUGGACGUUGUGAAGUUCAUUCUGCCCGACAACGGCAUGGAGCCGGAGCGCGGUGGGUACCCGACCAAGGACAGCACCAUUGACAUGAUCUGGGGCGACAUGGCUCUACCGGCGACAGCCGCGGCGUCUCAGGCAAGCAAAGCCCGCUGCAGAAACUUGGUCUGGAGAAUCGACACAAAGAAAGGAAGCGACAAAGUGAAGAAAAGUAAAGUGGGAAUGAUGUUGCAAAAGCCGCCGGACCUGAACAGAGCUCCUACCCCCGAAGAGCAGGCCGCUACCAUCCGGUACUACAGCUUCGACGAAUGGUGGUCCGAGCACCGGAUCAAGAACAACUUCGAACUCUACCAGAAGCACUUCAGUAUCGCGCUGAAAUACAAGCCAACGAAAGAGGUGCACGACCUGCUCAUGCGUUUUCGUGGGCCCACACGGGACACCGAAGCGGAGCAUUCGCUGUCGGAGAUGUGCAAGGUGCCGCGGAAGGAGACGGAAGUCACCAGAAAAAGGGUGCUCCGAGGGAGAACGGGUGGGGGAAGUUAACACCACAUCAUGCUGGCGCAAGUUGUAGUAGCGGGAUCGAUAUCAACAAGAGACGAUAGGUGUGACAGCCAGGACAUGGAGCUAAGAUAUUGCUAUUGAUCGACAACAAUAAAAGAUCAUGAGUGCUUUCCGGCAGCAACCCUUGGCGAUUGACGAUGAUGCGGCGCGCUGCAAUCACGAAGUUCGCUAUCGGAUUCUCGCGUAAAACUCGAACUGCUCGUCCAGGGCAGGCUGCCUGGCUGCAGAGGUCAGCAAGAAGCUACCUCAAGGACGAGGACUACGGCAGACCGGGCCGUCUAGAGUAAAACACAUGCUCGCAUUCCCAUUCGAAAUAGCAGCGCGAUUGUAUAUACAUCAUCUAAUGUAGCUCGUACUCCCGGAACAUGUGGAGGAAGAAAAUUUGACGAAAUUGAAUUGUGGACGAAUACCAAUUUGACACGAGUUUUGUUCUGAUUUUGGGAACCACGCUGCUAGAGCUGCAGGAAGCUCUUGCUUUCA